AUGACGGGGGGCUAUGAGCCCGGCCCCUCCCCUCAGCAGAGCAGGCAAUGUGUAUAUUUGGGAGCGCCUGAGCCAGACACCGCCGCCGCGUACAGCAGCAGCGACACAAGCGACGGCGAGCACGGCGCUGCCGGCCGCCGCUACAUCCGCCUCCCUUGCGGCUGCAUCUGCAUCGGCGAAGCGAGUGUGAACGGCUCCUCCGUGCGAGCGGGCGACGCGACCGGGAGGGUGGUCUGGGGCGCGAGCGAGGAGCUGGCCGACUGGUGCUGCCGCGAGAGGCGCCCGCAGCAGCUCCUCGCCUCCUUCUCGUCGGCCGUCGAGCUCGGCGCCGGGUGCGGCCUCGUCUCGAUCGCGCUAGCAAAGCUGGGCCUGCACGUUGUCUCCACCGACGGGGACACGUGCGCGACGAAGCUCAUCCAGCGGAAUGCCUCUCGCAACGGCGUCGAGGCUACGCGGCUUCGCGCGCUGCAGUACGCCUGGGAGAGCGAGACACAGCUCGAGGAGGUGCUGCAAGCCGUCGGGCGAGGCGGCCGGUGCAGCGAGGUCCUCGUCGCCUCGGACGUCAUCUACUCGUCAGACGACACGUCCUUCGCACCGCUCGAGGCGGCGCUCCGCGCUCUCAUUGGCCGCGGCGGCUGCCGCCUCGUGGUCAUGUGCUGGCGCGUGCGCAACGGGAACGAGGAGCGGUUUCUCUCGCGCCUCGCCGACCUCGGCCGCGCGCGCAUCGCGUGGCGUAGCCACGGCCUGAGCUGCGCGGAUAGCGUCCCCGCCGACGGCUCCGACGAUAUGACUGCGUGGCGAAAGGCGCACGCAGGGUCGUGGGCGAUCGGCACGCUGGAGGUGGGGAGCGACGAGCUGGGGAGGGACGCUGACGGCGGGGUCUACGAUGGUGAGUGGAAGGCGGGCGACAUGGACGGGCGGCGCACGCCAGCAGGCACGUCCACCCUGCGGGCCGGAGCCGCAGAGCGUCUCGUGCGGUGGUGCAAAAAUAUUGCUUAUUGGCGAGCAAAUCGUCCGUUUUUCUGA